GACACCCCGUGAAGGCAACAUUUGUUCCAGUGCAAGGUAUCAUGGCGCAGAGGAGGCCAAACGGAUCAGCGGCGUCAAACUUUAAUUCCAGCUCGAUUGGUUCUGUGUUAAUCCGUUAUACUCUGUGAAAGCAUCAACAGCGGGUGGACACAAACACUGAUGAAAACGUCAUUCUGAGCAGAACCCCCGGUAACCGAUUACCCAGAGAGGAGCAAUGGAAAAACCAGCCUUGCAGACACAACCAUCCACCCUGCCUUUUUUUGACACGGCUCACGCCUUCAAUCUGCUGCGGGGAAUCCAUGAACUCAGAGCUGAACGGAAGUUUUUCGAUGUGACUUUGUGUGCCGAGGGCCGUGAGUUCCACUGUCACCGCACAGUGUUGGCCGCUGCCAGCACCUACUUCCGGGCUAUGUUUGCAGGAACGCUAAGGGAGAGCGUUAUGGACCGGGUGGUUCUACACGAGGUGUCAGCUGAGCUUUUAGGUCUGCUGGUGGACUUCUGCUACACAGGAAGGGUCACCGUCACUCAGGAUAAUGUGGACCUCCUUCUGAAGACGGCUGAUCUGUUUCAGUUUCCCUCAGUCAAAGAGGCCUGCUGUGCAUUUCUGGAGCAGCGGCUGGAUGUUUCCAACUGCUUAGAAAUCCAGGACUUUGCAGAGGCCUAUGCUUGCAGAGAGCUGGCAGCCAGCGCUCGCCGCUUUGUCCUCAAAAACAUAAUGGAGCUGGCUAAAGGGACGGACUUUGAGCGGUUACCUUGGAAGCGCCUGCUUGAGUUCAUAUCAGACGAUGAUCUUUGUGUGGACAAGGAGGAGACAGUUUAUCAAAUUGCAGUGCGCUGGGUGAAGGCUGAUCUCCAGCGGAGACUGCACUACUGGCCCGAGCUCCUCCAGCAGGUCCGACUCCCUUUCGUCAGGAGGUUCUUCCUGCUGGCCCACGUGGAGAGCGACCCACUUGUCUACCUUUCACCCACCUGCCUCCGCAUGGUGAACGAGGCCCGCAGCUUCCAGUCCUGUGAGUAUGACCGCUACGACAGGCCCUGUCACCGCAUGCGGCCACGGCCAUCUACAGGACUGGCAGAAAUCCUAGUGGUGGUCGGAGGCUGCGACCAGGACUGUGAUGAGCUGGUCACAGUGGACUGUUACAACCCCCAGACUGGACAGUGGCGCUACUUGGCUGAAUUCCCUGACCACCUUGGAGGAGGCUACAGCAUAGCUGCCCUCGGAAACGAUAUGUAUGUCACAGGUGGCUCUGACGGCUCCCGCCUCUAUGACGGUGUGUGGCGCUACAAGUCCAGUGUCAAUGAGUGGACGGAGGUGUCGCCCAUGCUGAAGGCCCGCGAGUACCACAGCUCCUGUGUGCUGAAAGGUCAGCUGUACGUGGUGGCGUCGGACAGCACCGAACGCUACGAUCACGCUCUGGACUGCUGGGAGGCCUUACCAGCCAUGCUGCACCCCAUGGACAACUGCUCCACCACCACAUGUAACGGGCGCCUGUAUGCUAUAGGCUGCCUGACUGGAGAGGACACCAUGGCCAUCCAGAGCUAUGAUACAGACACCAACCGCUGGAUCAUGGUUAAAUGUGGACAGCUGCCUCCAUGGUCCUUUACACCGAAAACUGUGACCCUCAGUGGCCUCAUCUACUUUGUCAGGGAUGACUCAGCUGAGGUGGAUGUUUAUAAUCCUCAAAAGAACGAGUGGGACAAAAUUAGUCCGAUGACCCAGGUCCAUGUUGGAGGGAGUGUGGCAGCCCUGGGUGGUAAACUUUAUGUGUCUGGUGGUUAUGACAAUACUUUUGAGCUGUCAGAUGUGGUGGAAGCCUACGACCCGACCACCCGCACGUGGUCUCUCGCUGGGCGGCUACCUCAGCCGACCUUCUGGCACGGCAGCGUCAGCAUAUUCCGCCAGUUCAUGCCCAUGGUGUCCAGUGCGUUCGAACCUAUUGACAUACCCGAGUCAAACGCCAUCCACCUGCACCGGCACCAGCGUCACCAAGAGCUCCACAAUCUGAACAACAAUCUCAACCAAAACCAGAACCAGGAUGUGAACCCAGCGCACUGAGUUUGAACCUAUAGAAAUCCCUCUUGCACAGUCUGUCAUUGUGCCAUCAUUAGUUUACUGUGAAUUUACCUCAUCACAAUGUUGAAGCGGUUUAAGGUAGAAGAGAAGACUGAGCAUGUUCAAAGUAGUCUGAGCUCCUUGUAAUCCACUUGACUGCCAAGUUGUCAUACUGACAAUCACUUAAGUCUGUUGACGGGAUCAAUUACACAAAAGCUAUGUGUUUCUUAGCCCUGUUGACUGGGAAACAGUGCUGAAUGGUUCCCAUAGAAAAGCCUAUGGAAGUGGCUGUGUGCUGCUCUUUAUCGGAGGUGGGGAAAUUAACCAAACCAGACAUUUAGUCCUUAUUCCCUCAAGUCUUUUCUCUUGUAAAACUGAAAUAUAAUGUCUGGAAACACUUUGAAUUAGAGCUGAAGCAUUUGACAGACAAUGAAUCGAUAAUUGUUUAAACUACUUCACGGGUUCCAGCUUCUCCGUUUUGAGGUUUUUCUGCUUUUCUGCGUUUUAUGUCACAGUAAACAAAAUAUUUGGGGGGAUUUGAACUUUUCAUUGAAUUGGACAAAAUAAUUUAUUUGAAGACAUCAUCUUUUACUUAAGGUGAAAAAGGUGAAAUUUAUGCUUUAUCAGAAUUGUUUAAGCUUUUGGUUUUCCAGUGAGGAGACUUAAAGGAUGAGGACUAAAUGAGCUUCUGGUCCUCUGCCUCAUCUCUGCUAAAGAGAAGUAAACAGCUGUUUCUCUGAGUUUUUGUAUGGGAACUCUCUACGACUGUCUCCCACACGGUGGGUGAGACAGGUGUUUCUGUGAAUGGACAUCAGUGUGUUAGCAGGUGAUGUCUGUGGAAAGUAUUUUCCUACAGACAUAUUCAAUUUAAAUUUGAAAUGCACACAUCAAAGUAAGUGUUUACAAGGGUGUUGUGGCUCCAGAGGGAGCUGUGUGAAAAGUGCCUCAAUUGAUGUCACUUGAGUCGGUGCCUGAAGUUUGAUAAUGACAAAAAUCUGUGGAUGUGGAGUUGGAAAGAAGUGAGCUCUGUAACCUGCUCAUCUCUCCUGAGGCUCGACGCUACAUUAGCAGCUUCUAGCAUAACACACCUGAAUCUCCAACUUGUCUGCGGUCGAGUAAUAGCAUUGUGGGUAAUGUAGGCGCCAGGUUUUGAGAAAGAAGAAGAAUGUGUGGAAUAAAGAGGCCGAUAUCUCUGGUUCUGCUAUGUCGAUUUUGAUCCUUUUUUUAAAACACUGUGUGUUCAAUGCUAAAAUGUUGGAAUAUUCUUUUAACAAUUUGAGCAUAAGCCAAAUAUUUGGUCAGAAAACAGCAAUAAUCAAUCUACAUUCCGAAAACGACGGCAAUCACAAUUCAUAUUUAGCACUAAACUGACAGAUGGGUUGAAUUUACCAGUGGGAAUACUUUUGACUCAAAGGUGAGCUGAGUAACCCUCUGUCAUCAUGGCAGAAUUUCAGGAUGGUUGCAUGUGAUGUUAACUUGUACUGGGUUAAUACUCCAUUGCUAGUGAUAAUUAGGCUGCACAGCAUCUCCUUGUAUCACUCCUGACCUUGAAACUGGUCCAGAUCCGCCUUUAUAACCACCAGUCGAAUGUGCAUGAAGUAUUUUCUUUAGAAAUUGUAUUUAUGAAUGUUUUGUAUGUUUAUUUAUGGAAGUAUUUGUGCUGUGGUUGCUUAAGAUGUCCCUGCCUAUCAGUUGCAACAAGAACAGUAACACUUGGCAAAUACUGGUGAAGGGUCAGCAGUCUCAACUGGAAAUCCAAAAGAAAAUCUCAAUUUGCUCUCAUGUAAAAUAAUUUCUGCUUUAAUGGAAAUUGUAAUUUUGACUGUUUCUAUGGUAUUGUUAAUGCAUCGUUUUUCUUAGUUUUCAUACAAGUUUGUGAUGUUGAAUCAGUUUUGUAAAUACAGUAUAAUCUUAACCCUA